CUCCAGAAAUGUAAAGUGUGGUUAAACAGUGUAGCAGCUUCAGUGUCUGUAGUGAGAUUUUAUUCGUCUGCUUCACUUGCUGUUGUGCCUGUGUGUUUGUGUGUGUGAGAAAGUGUGUGUGUGUGGUGUGUGGGAGAGAGUGUCCUGAGAUAUUUAUGACAGAGAGCAGAGCACUCACUGACCUGAAAAUCUUGGGUACAUGUGCCUGCAGAUUCUAUAUAUGGGCGGCUGAAUAUAGAGGAGAUGCCUACCCAGCCUAAAAAAAAACUGGCACAUGCUUUCUUUACCUCCCACUUCUGGGAUACAGCACAGAAGAGUAUAGAUCCAAAGUUAUUGGAAAUACAGACUUCACAGGCAAGUGUUUCAAUGUGGCGUUACUGGCCCUUUAAGUGGGAGCCUUCCUAUAGAGAGUGCUUAUGUAUACUUUGCACACGGCACUUAAUAUUUUUACUUUCAGUUUGGGUCACCUCAUGCCUACUGGCAAUGUGACAAGGGGAAAGAGUCCUAUAUAUGAUAUCAGCUCUCAUGUGAGUUGGAUAUUACAGAGUGUGCCAUAUACCGACACACUUAUAUCCUAUUAGAUACUUUCUUUUGUUUUGCCACAUAAUUGGCCCAGGGGCACCAGACAACAGCAGAUGUGCAAAAAUACUUGUCUAUUGCCUGUACUUCCUUAUUCCUCCAGCGCUGCCCUUGUGCAAUGCCUCUUUGCCUGUCCAACUAAAGGACCCACCACCCAGGCAGGUGGUAACUAAUAAUUUGGACCCCAAAGUCUGAAGGUUGUGAAUGGUGCGGAAGAGACUGAGGCAGAAGCAUCAAUAUGAGGAGAAGAUCUAAAGAUGAUUCAGGUAAAAAUAUAAUGAAGGACAGUGAAGAUAAAUGCAAAGAGGGAAUGACAGAAACUUUCAGAGAUCAACCAGACAAUGAAACAAUGAAGGAUAGUGAAGAUAAAAACACAAAAGGAAAUACAGGAACCUACAGAGACAAAGAAACCAUGUAUAGAGCCUUAUUGAGGAAAAUGAAGAUGGAUCCAUAUGAAACCAAAAAUCUAACAUUACAAGACAUUCUUCAGAUUGAUCGAGAAUGUUUACAGAAAAUUGGUGAUGGGAAGAGAAAGACUGCAGCCUGGAAUUUUAUACGUAAAAUAAUUUCUUUAAAUGAAACUGCAAGAAAAAGUGAGGAUGAAAGUGAAGAUCUUUCUGGUGAUUCAGAUGAUGAAACUUGUGACUCAUCUAAUUCUGUUCACCCCCUAGAUGUCCAGUGUCUUGUCCUGCAUUGCUGUGACCAUUUUUUGCAGCAGGAGAUUAUACUGAAAAUGUCCAUGUGCCAAUUUGCUGUCCCUUUGCUGCUCCCUGAUGUUGAUGGCCCAGGCUGUACCUUCAUGCUUUGGGGAAUGAGAGAUAUUGUAAAAAGAUGGAGGCCUCAGUCACUAGCAGAAACAAAGGGAUAUGUGCAAGAAAAUCUUGUUCAGAUAUCUAUGCCAAACUUCAGUUUUGUUAGAUUAGGUGAAAGUACUUUUUCUAAAUCUUAUAUCCUGAAUCUAGUUCUUAGCCAAGCACAGCAAACCCGUGACUUCUUUGUUUAUAGGGAUAUGGAAGGUGCCGAUGUCACAAGGGAGAUAUCUGAGGGGCUGGUAGAAUUAUCCUGGUAUUUUCCAGCUGGUAAAAGUCAUUCAGAAAUGUUCCCAGAACCAGUUGCAUUUGCAAACCUCCGUGGAAAUCUGGAAGACAACUUGAGACAGUUUGCAUUUCUAACUCAGAUCUCAUCUGCUGUGUUUAUCUUUGUUCAGAAAAUUGAUCAGAAUCUGUAUGACUUUUUAACCAAGUAUGAAGACUCUCAGACAAACUUUGUCUUUGUUAUCAAGAGUAACAGUAAAAUUAACAUAGACACACAUCUCAAAAAUGUCACUCUACUUAAGUUCAAAAGUAACGCUAAUGGAGCAACAAUAGUAAAGGGAAUUUUUACAGCUACUACUGGUUUCAUUAACAAGAGAUGCCGUGUCUUGAGUCUGGAAGAUAUGUCAGAAAUUGCUUCCAAACUAGGAAUCUCUGUAGAUGAGAAUGUGACAGAAUGUCAGAAUGCAAAGGCAGAUGCCAAAGCAAUUACAGAUGAGAUAAAAGAUGUUGCGGAGUACAAAAAUAAUAUAAUGAGGCUGCAGGGCAAUUUGUGGAAAAAGCUUUCUGAACUGGAAAAAGAAAUGUGUCAAAUGAAAAAACAAGGUGAUAAACAUGGAGAGAGUUACAAAUUGGAACUACAAAAGCAAUGUGCUGACAUACGUGAGCAACAGUAUAAGUACAAAAUUCCAAAUGGCAUUAUCUCAUUUAUCAAUUCAGUCUUGAAAAAGAAUCACAUUGAAAAAUGUUAUUUUUUUAAAUGGCUCAGAUUUUAUCUUGAUUCAUCUGCCAGGAAGAACCUGUCUGCUUUACAAGCUGAGUAUAAAGAGAAAUCAGUCGUUUCCAGCAAGGCCGAGAUGUCUGAACUUGACCAGAAAAUAUCUACCAGUUCCCUGGGGAUUGAACAUUUCAUAAGAGAGUUAAGCCAGUUUUAUGAGGCAGAACAUUUUAUGCUCAAGCAUGAAAUUGCAAAUAAAAGAAAAUUAAUUCAAUUGCCGGCAUUUGCUGCCGAUCUCUUACUGAGUGGAUUCCCACUGGAGUUGAUAGAUGGAGAUGCUUCUAAUAUCCCACUGCAGUGGCUACAGGAUGUACUACAUGAGCUGGACAAUAAAACAGGGAAAUGCUGCAGAAUGGGGGUAAUCACUGUAUUGGGGGUGCAGAGCACAGGGAAAUCCACCCUUCUAAACACAAUGUUUGGACUGCAGUUUCCAGUCUCUAGUGGACGAUGCACACGAGGAGCUUUUAUGACACUAAUGAAAGUGAGUGAAAAUUUCCAGGCGGAGCUGGGCUGUGAGUUUAUUCUGGUGAUUGAUACUGAAGGAUUGAGAGCUCCAGAAUUGACUUCUCUGGAAAACAGCUAUGAACAUGAUAAUGAACUGGCAACACUGGUCGUUGGGUUGAGUGACAUCACAAUUGUAAACAUGUCUAUGGAGAAUACAACUGAGAUGAAGGAUAUUUUGCAGAUAGUGGUCCAUGCAUUCCUUAGGAUGAAAGAGAUUGGAAGGAAACCCAACUGCCAUUUUGUACAUCAGAAUGUGAGUGAUGUUUCUGCCCAUGAAAAUAACUCACGGGACAGGAUAAAACUUCUGGAGCAUCUAAAUGGAAUGACCAAAAUUGCUGCAAAUAUGGAAAAGAAAAUUAAAUUUACAGCAUUUUCUGAUAUCAUGAAAUAUGAUCCAGAUAAGGACAGUUUUUAUAUUCCUGGUCUCUGGAAUGGAGUCCCACCAAUGGCUUCUAUAAACACUGCAUAUAGCGAGGCCAUCUAUGAGCUUAAAAAAUAUUUAAUUGAAAGCAUGAAAAACAAGGGGCACAGAAUUGAUGACUUUAUAGAAUGGAUAAAAAGUUUAUGGAAUGCUGUGAAACAUGAGAACUUCAUUUUCAGCUUUAGAAACAGCUUAGUAGCCAAUGCCUACAACCAACUUUCUAAGAAAUACUCAGAACUAGAGUGGAAGUUCACUAAGUCAAUCCUUAAUUGGCUAGCAGAGACUGAAACAGUGAUCAAGAAUCAAAAUGAACAAAUGGCGGAUAGUGAAGGAACAAAAUGUACAACUGCAGUGUAUUCUAUACUCAGUGAGGAGGAAAAGAACAUGCAAGAGGAAUUAGAAAAAUAUUUUUCAAGUGACAACAAAGAUGCAAGUCUAAUAGAGAGGUACAAAGCAGAAUUUUUAACUAGUGUAAGUUGCCUUAGGAAGAAGUUGGAAUCAUCAUCUCUUAACAAAUGUGCUGAGAUUAUUCGCAUUAAAAAGGAGAACUUUAAGGUUAGAAAUGUUAUCAGCGCAUACAAACAAGUUAUUGAUAAAAAGGUCACCAGUCUUGUGAUGAAGUUCAGGGAGGAGAAAUGUAAACCUAAUGAAAAAACUCUUGAAGAAGAAUUUGAGUUAAUGUGGGCAGAAACUAUAUCAGAGUUAAAUGUUAUCGCCCUUCCAGAACCUAAUAUUGAACUUAAUUUACUUGCACAACUUAAGAAAGAAAUGGCAGCAAAGGGUUCCUCUGUCAAUCAAAGAUUAAAUAACUUAAAGCAAUUUAUACAGCAGGAAAAGCUGCAUCUACAUGAAAGUCAAGCAUUAUGUUUGUUCAAUCAUGUAAAGAGAUUGCAUAUUUUAGAUAGUGCUGCAGGUGAUAAAUUAGAAGAAUUUUUAAAGUCUCUUUCAGACAAAUGUUCUGAGUAUAUAAAAAAUAAGCUAAGUUCAGAGUCUGACUAUGAUGAAACAUAUGGAUUGGAACUACUAAAUAUAAUUAAUUUAGUGUGUGAUGAAGACAAAGAUCUUCAGAUCUCAGCAGAUAUAGAGCUGGAGCUGAAACUCUUUAUUUUGGGUAAUGCCCUUGGUGAUUUCCAACAAAUGCAUAAGGAAUUUGUCAAGAAGAAUGAUCCUCUGAUUGGUCUUGGAGAAAUGAAGCCUAAAUAUUGGAAAAGUUUCCAGUAUCGAUUUCAAGAAAAAAAUGAAAGCUGGGAACGAGCCAAAUAUUUCUGUGAGUUGUGGUUAAAACCAGCUCUGAUUAAACAGGUAAACAGAAAACUUGGAAAUGAAAUAGUAGAUCACAUUCUUCAAGACUGCCAAUCCAAUCAAUUCAGCACAAGAAUGUACUUCCAAUUCACUGUGAUGAAAUAUCUACUAGAAAAGACACAUUUUUCUGAUUACUUAGAAUACAUAAGUGAUUAUGAAACAUUUGUCAAAAAAUGGAUAAAUAAUUAUAUUAUAGAAAAAUGUGACUUCCACCAUAUGCAAUCUGUUAUUCUAUCUAAUAUCACAAAGAAGAUAAAGGAUAUUCUCAAUGAGAAUUCUCAGGAAACAUCUGAUUUUCUUGUGCAAUUUAAGGAAAGGCUGAAGAGAGAUCUCAUAUUGUCAGAUGAUAUGGAUGUGUUUCACCUCAAGGAAGACACAAAUAUUAAAGAAUUUGUUGAAAACCUUGAAAAAUCACUUAGUGACACUGAAGCAGAAAUCAUAUCUGAGAUGAAAGCAGCGGACAAGGAAACAAUUCUUUCAAAUGUUGUGGUAAAACCAGUUGAUGAAUUGUUUAAGAGAAUUUUUGGAUGUGGGAAGCAGUGUCCAUUCUGCAAAGCACCUUGUGAGGCUGGUGGAACUGAUCAUAAAAGUCACUUUGCAUCUAUUCACCGACCUACAGGACUUGGAAAAUACAGAAUAUUUUUUACUCAGGCUCUUUGUUAUGAUAUUUGCACCACUAAUAUAUCUGGCAAUAAGUCAUUCAAACAUCAAAGUGGCUCUUCUCAUCCCUACAAAGAAUACAGGACAGUUAAUCCAGAUUGGGAUAUUCUCCCUGACCCAAGUAUUGAGGCCUCUGAUUAUUGGAAAUAUGUUCUUAAAGAAUUUAAUGAACAGUUUGCAGAAGAAUAUGAAGCCAAUCCUGCUGAAUAUCCUGAAGAAUGGAAUAGAAUAACUAAAGAACAGGCAGAAAAAUGCCUUAACGCUGCCUUUUGUAUGGAAUCAAAUACUUCAUGAAGAACAAUAUAUAAAAAAACCCAUGUCACAUACAACUUUUUUUAAUGAACCAUCAAUUCCUUCCGUAUAGACCCAAGCUGCUGCUAGGUAAACAGUCAUGUUCCUUUCCUCCUGAAGAUAAUUCUGUGGUUUUGCAAAGAAUUAUGGGUAUUAUUGUAAAAUUUCAAAGAAGUAAGAAUUAUAUAAUUUAUAGCAAUAUAAGAAUUAUUCCUAAUUUCAUUAUUUCAAAAGCAUUUCAAUGACUUGAUGAAGACAGUGUGCAUUAUGGAAUCAGUGGCUGUUGGACAUAAAAUAUAUGUAAAAUAUG